AUGAGUCCUGCUGUUGUUGGGAGAAUAAUUCACGAAACAUGUUUUGCGGUUUGGGAUGCUUUGCACGACAAGGGUUAUUUGGAAACUCCAAACAAUGAAACUGAUUGGAAGCGCAUAGCCCACAAAUUUGAAUUAAAGUGGAAUUUUCCUAACGCUCUCCAAGCGAUCGAUGGAAAACAUGUUCUCAUGCAAGCUCCUGCACGUGCACAAUACAAAUUUUUACUAGUGGAUAUUGGUGAUUGGGGACGGCAAAGCGAUGGUAGUGUUUACUUCAAAAGUAAUUUAGGAUUUGCAAUUGAAGAAAAUCGCUUAAACAUUCCUACAAUGGCUAAAUUACCAAACAGUGACAGGGUAUUACCCUACGUUUUUGUUGCGGAUGACGCGUUUGGAUUAAAGCCGCAUAUGAUGAAGCCCUAUCCCUUUCAGAAUUUAUCAACAGAAAAGAGAGUAUUCAACUACAGACUUUCAAGAGAAAGAAGAGUAGUAGAAAAUGUAUUUGGUAUAGCUACAAGUCGUUUCAGAGUUUUUCCGAGACCGAUUAUCGCUAAAGUCGAAAAAGUAGUAGCGUUAACCAAAGCCGUGGUCGCUUUACAUAAUUUUUUGGUUACCUUAAAGGACAAUGAAAGUAUUUACUGUCCAGCCAAUUUUGUUGAUCGGGAAACAAAAGAUGGUUUUGUGCCAGACGAUUGGAGAAAAGGAAACGAAAAUAUUAUGGGGUUACAAGACUUGACACAUGUUUCUUCCAAUAACUAUUCAAAAAAUGCAGCUACAGUUCGUGAUAAAUAUAAUAAGUAUUUUAUGUUAGAGCGAGCUGUUGAAUGGCAAUAG